AGUCUACGUCAAGGACGUUAAUGAACCACCUGAACAAUUGCGUUUUACAGGCACUGCUGUAAAAGAGAACACACCUGUGGGAACUGUAAUUGGCAAGGUAUUCGCACGAGAUUCUGAUGUCGGCCAGACUCUGUUGUUCUCAACAAAUGAUGCCAGCACAUUGUCUGUAAACGGCACUGAUAUAAUUGUCAACGGGAAUAUAGAUUUCGAGUCAAAAGCAAUGAUAUCGUUUACAAUUUCUGCUACGGAUAAUGGAAGUCCACCUCUAUCAGUAUCGGAAAAUUACUCUUUGGUUGUGUUGGAUGUAAAUGAAAGGCCAAGCGCAAUAACGUUGAUAGAUCUACCGAUUUUACUUGAAAAUACUACAAUUGGGUCUGCCGUCUGUCGUCUGAAUAUAGCUGAUGAAGAUGUCAACGAACGUUUAGGCUUGGAAAUAACCACUGGAAUGGAUGUGUUCAAGAUUCAAGGAUUGAAUUGCAGCAUGAGCCCUUUGCGUUCUAUUAGAACUGGAUCAAUGAUUAACGGAACACUUUGUACAGCAAGCAUACUAUUAAACAAGAAACUUGACUAUGAAACAUCAAAAAGUCCUAUUGUGCUGCGCACAAAGGCAUCAGACAAAGGGUCGCUCUUUGCAACGGGGGAAUUCAAGUUCACACUAAUGAAUUCCAACGAACCACCAUAUGACAUCAUUCUUGAUACGGCAGUUAAAGAAGUCCCUGAAAACACCCCAAAUUUCGUCAUAGGAACUUUUGUAACCAAGGACGAAGAUGUUGGAGACAAGCACAAAUAUCAAAUACUGACGAAUUGGGAAUUCUUCACGACGGUGGGAAAUAAACUGAUCGUAAAAGCCGGCUUAGACUACGAAACCAAACGAAGUUACAAUGUCACUGUCCGAUCGACGGACAGUGGAGAAAUACCAUUAUCUUUGACAAAAACAUUUACAAUAGAAGUAAAAGAUUUGAAUGAAAAACCAAGCAACAUUGUUUUUACAAGUUCAGAGCUUCAACGCGAUGCUGUUCCAGGAAGUAUCGUUAACAUCGUCACGGUUGAAGACCCAGACAAUUUGAAACGUCCAGGUUUUCAAACGCAUAACUGUACACUCACUCCGUCCGAUGUACUGGCUAUUGCUCAAGGUGAAAUGACCAUUAAGGUCAGAAGCACUAUUCCCAAAGAGGCGUCAUCACUUGUUGUAACUAUCACGUGUACAGAUACUGGAGUACCUUCCAUGUAUAUAAACCAAACAUUGACUAAACGCAUUGUUGACAGGGUAAAACCUCCAAAGAAUCUGUUAUUUACCAGCAAAAACGGUGGGCAUGACAUCACAGUGGAUGAAAAUGCACCGAAUAUUGAUCUAGGACAACUCUCUGUUAUAAAUCAACUCACCAAAGAAGUUAUAGACGGGGUAUACACUUUUGCACUGGAGGAAGCGUCGAAAGAUUACCUUAGUUUGACAGAAAGGACUCUACGAUUGACAAAGCCUCUUGAUUUUGAAACUCAGUCUACCAAGUCCUUCCUUGUUAAUGUAAAUGGAUCAGACACGUUUGGCGACGCAUUUAAUAUCACCCACAUAUUUACGAUAAACGUUGUAGAUAUAAAUGAAGCACCAUUUGGUAUCGAUUUGCGAGGGAAGAUGAGUGUGAAAGAAAACUCUCCCGAGGGUGCGGUAGUCGGCACGCUUUUUACGCACGACUCGGAGGAUUACCAGACAUAUACAUACACGAUCUUAGGAGUGCAGUAUGGGAUUGCUGCAAACGAAACCGACACAGUGAUGAUCAAUGCUUUUAAAAUCGAAGGCAAUAUGUUGAAAGUUGGCGCGUCACGCUACUUGGACUACGAACAAUCGCCUGUGGUUGCGGUCUACAUGGAGACUGUUGACUCCGGAGAACCUCCAAUGACGUAUAGAAGUGUGGUCCUACUUCGCAUCGACAACGAUAACGAUCCACCGACUGAUAUAAGGCUUUCACACAAUGAAGUUACUGAGAACAGUAAAACUGGCACGUUUGUGGGAGAACUUAUUGUAAAUGAUGAGGAUAUCGAUCAGCAACAGGCCUGCGAAAUAGUGAACGUUGUCGACGUACCGUUUCGUGUUGUGGAGUCCACCAAAUUGGUGGUUGCUGGAACAAUUGACUACGAAAUGCAUAACUCGCUAAACAUGGAGGUGAAAUGCGGAGACAUUAUCCUUGAUGGCACACACCUGCAUUUCACAAAGACUUUAGCAGUUUUAGUGUUGAAUGUCAACGAACCGCCAGAAAAUAUUUCUCUGUCUAAUGCUGCAAUUGACGAGGGUAAUACUGUGGGUCAGUUGAUUGGAGAAAUAACGGCUACUGAUUUGGAUAGUGCAAAUCUGACGUUCACAAUUGUCCAAGACAAUAUUGGAACUCCAUUCCAAAUAAAAGGAACGUCUACGCUUAUUGUCAACAUGGUAUUUGAUUUUGAAACGAAAGCAAGCUACAAUAUUAGCAUCACAGUGACUGACGAGCAGGGGCUUUUUAAUACAAGGAGGUUUGAAAUUCUGGUUCGCGAUAUUAAUGAACCACCCACGGCCAUUCAUCUAGACAAAAAUACCAUAUCAGAAAAUACGCAAACAGGGGCACUUAUUGGAACAUUCACAACAGAAGACUCUGAUAUUGGACAAAAGUUUGUUUAUACGCUCGACGGCCAGACACAAUUGAAUGGCCUACUUGAAAUCAGAGGAUCAAAGUUGUAUGUUGGAAGCAAACAACUAGACUUCGAAACUAAACCUGAAAUUUCAAUAACCGUGAUAUCAAUGGACAACGGGAUCCCUUCAAAGUUCAGAGCGGUAUACUUCUUUGCCAUUCUCGUCAUAAUCGUCCUCCUCGUUUUUGUUAUUGUCUUUUCAUUCUCCAUAUUGCUUUGA